AUGGCGGGGGAACCGCCAGAGCCCGCCUCCUCGCAGGAUGCUCAGCUCGCGGCCUCUUCCUCCUCCGCCGCGGCCGCCGUAGCCGGCGUAGGCGGCCCCAACCCGUGCUGCGCGAAGCUGUGGAAGAAGUACCAGAAGUUGGAGACGAGCCGGACGGCGCUGCGGGAGGCGGUGAAGCUCCUGCAGGCCGAGAACGAGAAGCUGCAGAAGGAGAACUCGGAGCUCAGCAAAGUGUGCAAGGAGGAACGCCUCCGAGGUGAUUCAGCAGAAGCAGCUAGGGCAACUGAGUCUGAUGCCAGAGAUCUACUGGAAAAGGAGAUAAUUGAAUUAAAGACACAGAACUCAAGUUUGAAGCAAACACAAAAUACCUGCAAAAAUAAUGAUGAACCUUUACGCAUCUCUGAAUUGGAGGAAGAAAAUAGAAAGCUCAUACAUGUUUUAGGAGAAGAAAGGAAGAAGAUUACUUCUGAGAAGAAAAAAUUUGAAGAAGAAAAGUGCAAAACUCUAGAAAUGCAAAGGAUAUUGAAGUCAGAAACACAGAAGUCUGAAGAGUAUAGAAGAGUUGCUGAUACGGAAAGAAAAGUUGCCAAUGAUUGGAGAGCAUCAUGUGAAAGGUUGAGGAGUGAAGCAAAUGAAAUCAGAGCACAGUUAACUGCUCAGGUUCAGAAAACAGAAGAAAUGCUUAAAAGGGUUGAAAUGGAGAAGCAAAAGGUAGCCAGAGAAAAGAAACGUGCUGAUUCAGAGAAAUCAUUAGCUGAAAAGAACAAAACACUUAUUGAAGUUGAGAAGAAAAAAGUAAUGGAAGAGAAGUGCCGUGCUGACAAUUUAUUUGCAAAGUUAGAGGAGCAGAAGAAACUCAAUGAACAUUUGCGAACUAGCAUACAGGUUGAAACAAAGAAUGCAAUAGAAGAGAAAAAACGAGCAGACCAAUUGUUCCAGAAAUUAGAAGAGGUGAGAAAACAGACUGAAUAUUUACAGAGAAAGACAAAUGAACUCUCUGCAGGCAGAGAUGUAAUUUCUUCUGGCAAGUAUGGGCAGCGACAUGUUGAUAGAACUUCUGAGAGUGCAACUGUAAAGCUUCUCAAAGAGAAGCUUAAGCUGAAGAAAGGACAACUAAAGCAUGUAAAGAAUGUGUCCAAACUAGAUAAAGCAAAAACUGCUUUAAUAAGAAGAGAGCUUCAACGUUUAAAGCAAGACUGGAUGCAGCUACUGAGUCGGUUUAACAUGCUGGAUGACCACCUUGCUCAUGUGUUGAAGUUGAAUCAACAUCCGGAGAUACGUGGCUUUGAACAGAAGCUGUUUCCUAAUGAUUCAGUUCCUGCCCCAUAUUUUGGGCUGCAGUCUGGGAUAGUUCCAUUUGGCUCUUCUAUCCCAAGUGAAUACACUUCAUAUCAGUUACCCAGAGAAAGCUGCUCACGACCAAUCUCAGGUACUAGUUCUGAAUUAGGGUCCCCUCUUGGUAGCUCUCACAGAACAAAGUCAAAAAGUCAGCACAGAUCUUUAUGUCCAACAUCCAUAUCUGAUGAAAAAAUCAUGGGCUCACAGGGUAAGGAUAGCCUAUUUGUCUCAUCGACAGACAUCAGAAAAAAACAGAAUUCAGUUGUUUCUGAGCUGCCUCCUAAAGUUAGUAAUGAUAGAACAUUGCCUCCAGAAGCAUUGAGGAUACCCUUGUCUUGUGGUACGGAAGUUACAGAUAAAAGAGAAACACUUGGUGGUGAUAGGAAGAGAAAGAGGACCAAAAGGUCUCCAGAACCCUCUGCUUUUCUUCCCUCUAAAAGUGAGCUGCAUUUGAAACCAAAGGUGUAUGCUGCCACUUCAAAUGUUGCAUUAGCAUUUGAGGAUGAUCCUUCGUGUCUGCAGCAAGGAAAUAACACCAUGUGUGUGACUGAAGGUUACAUGGAAAAUCAUAGGAGAAAAUAUCUUGCUGUCUCUGAUAAAGCUCCUCCAUCCAGUUUCCUUCUAAAGUGUCUUCUUGUGGAGGAAAUGGCUGUGCUAGUAGCAAAUGAGGAAAAGUAUAGAAAGGCAAAGGAGAGACCCCUUUCACCAAACCUGACCGUUAUCCGACCCCGUAGAACUAAAGUGCCUACAUAUGCAGAACCUCACAGUUCGGGUAGAUCUCUCAACAAUUGUCCUGCCUUAGGAUCGGAUGCCAUUGAUUCCAAGACAAGGUCCAAAGAAGUUAAAGAGCCUGCAAUUCAGAAAUCGACUCAAAAUUGUAUGCAGCUUGAUCCAUCGUCAAAUAUAAUCGAGUGUAGUGGCAUUGCUAAACCCCUUUUCGCGAAUGAUAAAUCCAAUGCAGCUGUCAAUGUUUCUUGUAGCACCAGUUUGGUCGUAGUGCCAACGAGCGCUUUUUUAGGCAGCCUUUUGCAUGAGGAUGUGGUCCAGAAUUCUGUUGCAUCUUCUGCUGAGGGAUUAGACAGUAUAAGCAGACCAGUGUUAUCAGGAAGUACCUGCAGUGGUCAUUCAAAUUCCAUUAUACAUUUGUCCAAGGAAGUGCCUACCAAAAACAGCUCACAUCAAUUUUGUGACAAAUCAUCAAGUCCUGGGCUGCAAGCUAAUGUUGGGACAAGUGAAACAACAGUGACCAAGCCAUACAAUUCAGUCUCUAAUAGUUUGCUUGGGCAUCAUUGUGGAUCUGAAAAACCUCCAAUGCACUUAGUUGGAUUUACAAGAAUGAAAAGAAGCAACAUGAUGAACAUAUUUCGGUAUUGGGAGAUACUGAGUUCUCAAUCCCAAAAGCAUUCUAACGAAGCUUCAGUUGAUGGUCCAUUGCUUGAUAAAGUGUCAACUGACACAUUGCUACCUACAGAUGAGAAGGUUUCCCUCAUAUUUUCCCUUUUGUUGUGGGAUAUUAGAUUCACAGAAGAAACUUUUGCAGAUGGAAAUUUUGCCUCAUCAGCUUUUUUUCAUCGAGUGUUCAGAAUUGCUUUGAUGCACACAUUAUGGAAUGUGAUGUUUUUCCUACCUUUCCUCACCACUACCAAAUGCGCUUUUGUUUAUACAUCAAUAACAUUGCUACUAACUCAUUUGAAAUCUCAUAUGGAAACAAGGUGGACCAUUCUGAGAGCAGAUGAGCUGGAUGUUCUUUUCUCCUUAAUUGAAGAUUUUCUCCUGAACAAAGAAGUUGUAGUCUGCGAGAAAAUGGGACAGAAGGUUUUUGGCGCAAGCAAAGAUCAUGAAUUAGAUGAUGAAACUGGUUUACAGCUAUCUGUUAAACCUGCAAAAAUAAAUGAAUUUAUCGCGGCUUGCAUUCUGUUGGCUUCAAUAUGUGUGGAAGUGGGCAGAGUGGACAUUGUAUUAGAGGUUUCUUACAAAGUUCUUCAGAUGGGUAAAAGUAAUCUUUUGUGGACUCUGCUAGCUCUCCAUGUCUUUGGCUCCAUGUGUGGUGAUAAGUUUCUCCCACCAAAGAGUUGCAACUUUCUCAUGACAGCUAUACGGUUACUUGUCCUGCUUCUUGAGAGCAAGGACACUUCUAUGUGCCUUGUGUCAUCAUAUAUCCAGUCAAAUAAACCAACAACAUUACCGUCCUGUGCACAUCGCCUGUUUAAUGUGGAUACGGUUUCCAUAGAUGGUUUCAUCUCUUCACUAUUGGAUGAGCUGGAUUUAUGUUCUCUUCAGUGGAAUAACCACGCCUGCUCAAAUGAAACUAUCACAAGGUGCAGUUCUCAUUUGGGAUCAAGUGGACUUGAUACCAGAUGUAGUGAAACUUGUAAUAUCUUCAAGCAAGGAAAACUAUCUGAGGAUACUCGUUACUACCCUGCAGCAAUUAACUUAUGCUACUUCACCGAGCUAAUUUCUUUGCUCGAGCUCUUUGGGAUUUAUAUGAGCUGUGAGUGGACAUACAACAAUGUCGUUGUCCGCCUUCUGGAGAUUCUGGAAUCGUGCAUGUGCCAUGACUAUUCAGCUGCUCUGUUAGUACUUGUCAGCCAACUUGGAAGGUCCUUUGUCGAUGAUGUUGGUUAUGAGGAUAGAAGUGUUAGUAAGCUGAGGAACAAAUUAUCAUCAUUGUUAACAGGGACAAGUUUUACAAAAUCAUGGAGUUUAAGUGUUCAGUUUACUGCCAUUGGUGCAUUGGUCAGCGUCCUUCCACUGCCAUUUGACAAAAUUGUUGCCACUGAAAGUAGACAAUUAUCAGGUCCCUUCGUUGUGCAAGUGAAACAGAUUUCUGAAUGGAUCUUAAGCUGUAGUGACCAAAUGAGAAUUGCAGUCGACGCUUCUGUUCAGCUUAUUGCAGUGAGCCACCAUAAUGAACCCAGGCUCGGAUCGUGGCACGAGCUGCUCAAGAAUCAAAAUGAGCCAAAGCCACAGCCAGCCAGCCCACAAACGUGGCGAAAAAUACCUGCCGUUAAAGCCCCCAGUACAUCCAAAAUCCCCGCGAGGCCGCGACCACCCCCAGUCCCCCUGCGAGUGCCAACGCGAUGGCUCAGAGGCAGCCCAGAAGCGCAGCCCACGUAG